AUGUAUGGUCAAAUCUUGGAAUCGGAGGAAGAUCAGCGAGCUAGACGGCUACUAGAGGAAACUACACGUCGAACAGCAUCCGGAUUUGAGACUGGCCUCUUGUGGAAGACAGAUAAUCCCCACUUCCCAAACAGCUACCCCAUGGCCGUCCGUCGUUUACAGUCCCUGGAAAGGAAGCUACAAAAGGAUCCAGAGUUAAAGCAAACUGUAAGGAAGCUGAUAGCAGAUUAUGAGGAAAAGGGGUACGCUCAUAAGGCUAGCGAGGAAGAACUUUUGACUGCAGACUCAAAUCGAGUGUGGUACUUACCACUGGGUGUCGUCACUAACCCCAGAAAGCCUGGUAAAAUUAGAUUGAUAUGGGAUGCUGCAGCAAAAACCGAUGGAGUGUCAUUCAAGUCACAACUACUUAAAGGGCCCGAUUUGCUAACUCCUCUGCCCACUGUUCUGAGCCAAUUCCGUCAGUACCCGAUUGCAGUGUGUGGGGACAUCAAGGAGAUGUUCCACCAAAUAAAAAUACGGGAACAAGAUUGCCAAUCACAGCGGUUUCUCUGGCGCGACACUCUGAUCGAGCACCCGCAAGUCUACAUAAUGGAUGUAGCAACAUUCGGGUCGACGUGUUCUCCUGCGUCAGCCCAAUAUGCGAAAAACAUCAACGCAGCAGAGUUUGUUGGUCAAUAUCCUCGUGCCCCAGCCGCUAUAGAGAAAAAACACUAUGUGGACGACUACUUGGAUAGUUUCGAGUCCAUCCAGGAGGCAAUUGAAGUCGUCAAUGACGUUAAACGAGUGCAUGCCAGAGGCGGUUUCGAGCUGAGAAAUUUUCGCUCCAAUUCAAUAGACGUCUUGCGCGGGAUCGGAGAAGCUCCAGCCGAAGGAUCAAAAUAUCUUCUACUGGAUAGAAGCGAGGCUCCAGAAUCAAUCCUCGGGAUGCGAUGGAUACCGAAAGAUGAUUUUACCUACGCUUUCGCGAUCCGUAGCGAUCUUCUACCAAUCUUAGCGGAGAAUCACAUGCCCACUAAGCGGGAGGUGCUCAAGGUACUCAUGAGCUUGUUCGACCCGCUGGGAUUCAUCUGUUUUUUUCUCAUACAUGGUAAAAUCCUGAUGCAAGAUAUAUGGGCAUCAGGCUCCGACUGGGAUGAUCAAAUAAACAAUGACAUCUAUCAGCGCUGGAAACGGUGGAUAGUUCUCUUCCCACAACUAGACAGUAUACGCAUACCUCGUUGCUACUUCGGGUCUCCGUUCCCGCAAGAUUUUCGUAAUCUGCAGAUUCAUGUAUUUGUAGAUGCCAGCGAGGCAGCAUACUCGUGCGUUGCCUAUUUUCGCCUGCACACCGAAAACGCAAUAGAAGUGUCGCUGAUCGGUGCUAAAUCCAAAGUGGCACCUCUAAAGACACUGACUGUCCCCAGACUUGAAUUGAAGGCGGCAGUUUUAGGAGUUCGCUAUUUGGAAGCAAUUCAGAGUCAUCACACUUACGAAAUCCAGCAAAGGUUCUUGUGGACCGAUUCAGCUACCGUUUUGGCAUGGAUUAAAUCAGAUCACCGUCGAUACAACAAGUUUGUGGCAUUUCGAGUAAGUGAAAUAUUGUCGUUAACCGACCAAAAUGAAUGGAGAUGGCUCCCAUCAAAACUCAACGCGGCCGAUGAAGCCACCAAGUGGAACAGUGGUCCAAAUCUGCAAUCAGAUAGCGCUUGGUUUAAAGGUCAAAGCUUCCUGCGUGAACCGGAAUACAGUUGGCCCGAAACAAAACGAGAAUCGACAACGCAAGAGGAAUUGCGCCAUGUGCACCUUCAUAGUAACUCCACACCGUUGAUCGAUGUCACUCGCUUCAAUCAGUGGACCCGAAUGCUUCACACAAUUGCAUUCGUAUUACGCUUCAUAAACAACUUGCGUCGUAGAAAACAUGGAUUGCAGAUGCAACUUGAUAUUCUUCAACAUGACGUGCUUAAAACGGCAGAAGAAUUACUUUGGAAACUUGCACAGGCAGAAACGUAUCCUGAAGAAAUCAGCCUGCUCAAACCUACCCAAGGCGAACCAGAAGCAGAGCAUGCGAUCGUAGCCAGGUCCAGCCCUAUUUACAAAAACUGGCCGUUCAUCGAUAAACGAGGGAUACUCAGAAUGCGCAGUCGAGGCAGUGCAGCCGCAUUUGCACCGUUUGAAGCAAAGUAUCCAGCUAUUCUCCCGAAGAAUCACCCGACCACGUUCCUAAUUACAGAUUGGUACCAUCGUCGCUUCCGCCACGGUAACCGCGAAACGGUUGUUAACGAAAUGCGUCAACGUUUUGAAAUUGCCAGACUACGAGUACUAAUUUACAAGGUAAUCCAAAACUGUAGCUAG